GGUGGGGAGGGAGGGAGGAGGCGGGGGUGGGGGGAAGGUCACCGACGCGACGAUACAUAGGAGACGGCGGCCGCGCAGAGAGAGAGAGAGAGAGACGGUGCAGACGCUGAGGGAGCAGAAAGAUUUGAGUACUCCCUGUGAUCAUGACAGCAGAAAACCUAGACGUGACAAAUGGGUCCAAUAAACUUGGAUCAGCGAACCAGAAUGAAGCAGCAUUGCUUGCUCUGAUGGACCAGACUGGCUACACCAUGAUACAAGAAAACGGACAAAGAAAGUUUGGUGGACCACCACCAGGUUGGGAAAGUCCACCUCCACCUCGUGGAUGUGAAGUAUUUGUAGGAAAGAUUCCACGUGACAUGUAUGAAGAUGAAUUAGUACCUGUUUUCCAGAGAGCAGGAAAAAUUUAUGAAUUCAGGCUGAUGAUGGAAUUCAGUGGUGAGAAUCGAGGCUAUGCUUUUGUAAUGUAUACUACAAGAGAAGAAGCUCAGAAUGCUAUCAAAAUGCUGAACAAUUAUGAAAUUCGACCUGGAAAAUUUAUUGGUGUCUGUGUUAGCUUGGAUAACUGCCGACUCUUCAUUGGUGCAAUUCCAAAAGAAAAGAAAAAAGAAGAAAUCCUUGAAGAAAUGAGGAAUGUAACGGAAGGGGUUGUAGAUGUCAUUGUUUACCCAAGUGCUACUGACAAAACAAAGAAUCGUGGAUUUGCCUUUGUAGAAUAUGAAUCUCACAGAGCUGCUGCCAUGGCUAGAAGAAAGCUUAUCCCAGGAACGUUUCAGUUGUGGGGCCAUACUAUUCAGGUGGAUUGGGCAGAUCCAGAGAAAGAAGUCGAUGAAGAAACUAUGCAAAAGGUUAAGGUAUUGUACGUGCGAAACCUGAUGAUACUGACAACAGAGGAGACUAUCAAGAUGGAGUUUAACAAAAUCAAACCUGGAGCAGUUGAACGUGUAAAAAAACUCAGAGACUAUGCAUUUGUACACUUCUUUGACAGGGAUGAUGCAGUUACUGCUAUGAAUAUGAUGAAUGAUAAGUGUAUAGAUGGUGCUAGCAUUGAGGUCACCCUUGCAAAGCCAGUUAAUAAAGAUGGCUCUUGGAAAUACACUCAAGGUAGUCAAUUUAAUCUUAAUUGUGAAAGUCAACGACUGACGUUUACAAACAAAGAGGAUGGAGGACAAAAAACCCCAGGAAGAUCGCCAAGUUUACCAGCACGUCUGAAUGGUCAUCACAGCCCAUGCUCACCUGAACUGGAGAGGUGCACUUAUCCUCUUUUCCCAGGAAUAAAGCUUACACCUUUAAGUAUAUAUGCAUUAAAGCCUUGUCAUUUUCAGUCCUCUGUCACACAUUUGGAUUAUUACUGCAACAAAAAUAAUUGGGCACCGCCUGAAUACUACCUCUACUCCACUACUAGUCAAGAUGGGAAGCAGCUGCUUGUUUACAAAGUGGUUAUUCCAUCCCUUGCAAACAGUUCGCAAGGUACACUAAGCCGUUUCAUGCCUGACAAGCUCUGCACGAUGCUGGAGGAUGCUAAGGAAUUGGCAGCACAGUAUGCAUUAACACAUUUAGACUACAGUUUGCGUCGGACCAAUUCUGUGAAUAGCCUUUCUCAAGUUGGUACAGCUCUUCCUGUUUCCGCAUCCAGCCUGCUUCAGUAUACAUCCAGGCCUUACUCGUAUCCUAGUUAUCCAUUGUCACCCACACUACCUCUUGGUAACAGCAAUCAUAUUGGACAGCGGUUGUAUGUCUCCAGCCACGGAUCUUUCUUCUAAAAAAGUAUUGUAGGUUGAAUAACAAAAUAUUGUAAAUGUUUUUUUUUCUUGGAGCACAGAUUGACAGGUUGACUUUCUCAAAAAAAUUUUGUUCGAUUGUUACACUGUAUGGAAUUUAUUGAAGCACAAAUGUGUAACCUCUUUCUGUGUAUUAAAGU